GGAGGCGAGAAAGAGAGAGGAGAGGACAGAGACGGCUGGCCAGGCUGCUCAACCAGCGUACGAUGGUGGUGGUCGGAGCAGAGUCCUGAACGAGAAACGAAGCUGUGAAUUGUUUGCAGCGAUUCCAAAACCUAAAAAAGAGAGAAAAAGCGCAGGAGAAGCUGGGCGUGCUUUGCAUCUGGGAUCCUUUAAUUGGAAAGGAAAAGAAAGAAGAAACAAGAACAGUUUUUUUGAAGGAAAAAAGAGGCGAGGAGUUGCUUUUUUGGGGGGUAAUAUCUGUUGUUUUAGCGCUUUCUCUGCGCGCCGGACUGUUUUUACGCACGACGCUUGGAGCCACCACACCACCAUCCUCCAGCACUCCUCCGGCGGGCUCAGAGGCAGCGGUUCCCGGUGAGGACGGAGAGGAGCAGGCGGUCAUAAAGGAAGGGAAGCACGGACCGUAAAGCCCCCCUUGUUUGAAGCCCCUGGAUUUGUUGGGGAGGAAGGAGGAGGAGGAGGCUUUCUGCUGGGAUGUUGGAGUCGCGCCGCUUGGAGGGCUGAAGGCACCGAGAGAGUGGCCCGGAGAGACCGAAGGGGACGGAGGCCGAGACGGGAGCCGGGAGCAUGGCUCUGGCAGUGCUGUCUCUCUGGGUGCUAACGAGUCUCACCUGGGCCAGUCAGCUCCAGGUGUCCGCCAACAGGCACUCCGUUUACUGGAACAGCUCCAACAUACAUCUGCGUAGGGAGGGCUACACGAUGCAGGUGAACGUCAACGACUACCUGGACAUCUACUGCCCCCACUACAACGACAGCCAGCGCAUGGUGGGCACCGGCGAGCAGUACGUCCUCUACAUGGUCAGCUACCGCGGCUACCGGAACUGCGACCCCCAGCUGGGCUUCAAGAGGUGGGAGUGCAACCGGCCCCACGCCCCCCACGCCCCCAUCAAGUUCUCCGAGAAGUUCCAGCGCUACAGCGCCUUCUCGCUGGGCUACGAGUUCCACGUCGGCCAGGAGUAUUACUACAUCUCCACGCCCACCCAUCACCACGGACGCAGCUGUCUCAGACUACGAGUUUACGUCUGCUGCUCCACAGCCUCUGACGUGGACGACGAGCCGGAGCCCACAGAACCAGACUACACGCUUAGACCAGGCCUAAAAAUUGACGAUGUCGAUGAAUUUAACCCGUUUGUUCCCAAGCUGGAGAAGAGCGUCAGCGGCAGCAGCCCGUCCAGGGAUCGCCUUCUCCUCACUGUGACGAUGCUCUUUCUGGCCGCCCUCUUCAUCUCCUAGCAACGGCCAUGCCAACAGCGUCACCAUGCCAACUAGCCUUGGGACGGUGUACAGUAUCAGUGGGCGGGAGGAAAGCAGGAGAGUGGAGAGGAAGCGAGAAGAAGACUUUGAAAUUAGAGUUUUGAAGCAUCACAGUGUGUGUGUGUGUGUGUGUGUGUGUGUGUGUGUGUGUGUGUGUGUGUGUGUGUGUGUGUGUGUGUGUGUGUGUGUGUGUGUGUGUGUGUGUGUGUGUGUGAGGGAUUGUGGUUUCGGUGGAGCUGGAAGACCUUCAGGCACUCGGUGGCUCUAUUAAAGCGGGCCCAGGUGUGUGUUUGUGUGUCUGAGCAGGCCACGUUGUCGAGCUUGUUCAAUCAUGCACAACCACACGAAGCAUUUAGAGACGGCGCUGGAACCACCAUCAAAAGAAGACCACCCGAUUGGUAGCAAACAAACAAACAAACAAAAAAAAACAUCCGAAGACUUUUUUCCCUCGGAAUCCGAUUGGCUGUAACACUUCCUUAGGGGCUAGUUGCCAUAGUUUCUUACAAGACUGAACUCAAACGGACUGGAUCGAAUUGAACUGAAAUUGCCUUUUUUUUGUUUUGUUUUGUUUGUUCUCGUCGUCGAAUUCGAUGCUGGGAACUCGGAGGAAGAAAAAAAAAACAAGCCGACGAACUUUACCGGUUCUUUUUGUAGGAAACUAGUCAAAGUAGCUGAUAGUUCAUACACCAACCCCACCGUUUUAGUUGCCAUCUCCACUAUGUGUUGGUCUGCAGAAGGCAACAGGAGUUAAAGAGCAUUUAAUGGGAAAAAAAAAGGAGCUUAGAUGUGCCAUUGAGGGUUUGUCGGUGUUCUAAGUUGCUGUGUUUCUUUCUCCGGUCAGUCCUCCGUCAUCUCCGAGGUUAACGAAGCACACGAUGGAUGGCUACGGUGGCAGCCAUGGAUACACUCAGCAAUACUUAGCCUGGUACACGAACACGUCCGGACAUUAACAAGUUUAAGCUCCGCUCCUCCGGCUUCAUUCUCCGUAAACUCCACAUGUUAGAUGCCACAAUUUUUCUUUUUCUGUUAUAGCGUGUCCAUGAGAGUGAAGAAAAAACCCCAUGUGUUUGUCUUUGAGAGAGAGAGAGGAUAUUUUAAAUGGUACUAACAGCCUGAGAACACAUCCACAUACUGUACAUCUUAUAAAUGCAAAAUAAAAAAAAAAAAACAACAAAAAAUUAUGUAUCUCAAAAACAGAGCAACAAGUUAUACAUACAAAUACCAAGUGCUUUGGUGGGGACGUACAGCAAUUCACAAACAAAUGUACCAGUCGGUUGCUUCAGAAUAGCGUUUCCAUAGCAACUAGCACCUUAUUCACCAUGGUUACCCUACCCUGCCAACAACGGACUCUAGUAGGGGCAUGGCUUACCAUAGUAGCUGAUAGCAGUGAUGAAGGUGAUGCUGAUUAUAAUGAUGGUGAUGAUGAUGAUGGACUGCGAGCCGACCGCCGGGCCACGACGGCGGCUCACCCACCGGCACGUGAGACGUUCAAGUACUCGUGUAAAUGUCAAAAACGGACACAGAAUGGAAAAUUCGAAAUGUCUUGAAAAAUAUGACGAGGUGAAAUGUGAUGUAAGCAUUUUUACAAAGUUGAAGUUCAGUUUUUACUUUGUGGUUGUUUUGUUUUUUCUUUAAUUACAGUUUUUGUUGAGUUCGCUGUGGUAUAUAUUGGGUUAUCUUGAGGGGGAAGACGGGUUUAAAAGUUGGAAAAACGGGCGGGUCGAGCCGUAUGGAAACUUGGGCUGCGAAUCUCUCCACCUUUAAGGUUAAACUAUCUUUAUAAGUUUGUUUUUGAUGGUUUAUAUUUCGUCUCCUUGAGCAACACUCCAACAAUAACACACAAAUAUGUGUUGACUUUUCGGUAAGUGUUACUCAGCCUGUGCAGACUGUUGCAUAAUGUCUGAAACAUGCAAUGAAAUAUGGCCGUGACGUUUGAAAAACAUAGACAGGGAAGGUCCAACAGAAGAUGUCACAGAGUUGCAUAAUGGGAGUUGUAGGAUCCAGCAGUUGUGGUUGCAACACCGCGUCCUGUUCAAUGUAUAGUUUUGACCAUUCUCUUUUAGUUGCCCAAUUUUUUUAAAGGGUAAAACUGACGCGUUUGAAUGAAAGGGUGGAUUUCCACUGCAGGAACUUGAUCUACAUUCCAACCCUCAUCGAUGGUCAUGAGUUCUCAGAUACAGUCGACUAAAAUGAGGGUGGUUGGGCUCAGAAUUGGAGUUAAAAUGAGGAGCUUCCAAGAGCUUGGAGUGGAGUCAACAAACUUGGGAGGUUUUCCAUGCAGGUACCGGGGUAGUACUCACUGGAGGGAGAACAUAUCUCAUCCGGCCUGGGAACGCCACAAGAUACUCCAGGAGGAAACUGGAAAAUGACGCUGGACGGAGGAACUUCCUGAAAAACGUAACUUUAAGCAGUAGAAAAUGGGAAGAAGGAUGGAAUUUGUGGCACAAGGUGGUGUGAACAUUUACAAAAAUGACCACUAAUCAAGACUUAUGGCCUUUUUGUUUCCGUUUCGUUGUCGAAUCCAACAACUCUGCCAUAAAAUUAACCCCUAGUGCACCAAAAGCAAACGACAAAUGGUAGCUACUGGACUUAACUCCGGUUCUUUGAGCGUGUAGGAAGUAGAAAAUAGCGUGAAAACCCCUUGUGGGACCUUUUUUGUUAAUCCUGCCUGUUUACGCUGGAUUUCUCAAUUUGCAAUUUCAAUCGUGUCUUUACUUGCAAUCAAUAACGCCUGCUCAAUAUAAGGUUCCACUGAUUUUGUGUCUCAUCAUGUCCUGCAGGAUAAACAUGUCAUUUUACUGCAUAGUAUUUGAGAAGGGAUUCACACUGGUUGGUAAAAACAUAGCAGAACUACAGUGGUUAGUUAUGCUACGCCAGCAAGUGCACAUUUCAUUUCUCUCAUGUGCAGUAAAAAGUGCUUUAAUUUUGAAGGAAAGUUUACUAAGACCCUGGAGAACAGAGCAGGUGUCGCCUCAAACCAGAGGUUGCAGAUUUUUUCAAUAACUUAGGGAAAACUUGCCUUGCUUUGCUUUUGUAGAGUAAAAACCUGCUUUAUCGUCCUUUAAGCUUCAUUUGUUGACUUGAUUUGACUGGUUGCAGCUAAAUCUUGUUUAUUUUUCGACCACCCACUCUUUUACAAUGAAUAUUUGGUAUGUUAGCCUACACAGUGGAUUUUCUACUGUUGAUGCUACUCGAUGAGGGCAGAAAAAAUGGUGCUUUGUGUCCUUUUAACCAAACACAAGCUCUGCAGAAUGAAUUUUCAGGUCCGCUCAGAAGUUUCUUCCCUUUUUUCUCCCUGAAAUUGGCUCCACCAAGACUCUUCUUGCAGUCAGAACAUGCAUGAAGGUUUGUGUGAUGGUAAACUGGCCCGCGAGUUCCUGCAGUGGAAAACAGCCUGAAGCUACGUCUGCUCCGGGUAGCAUUUAUCUGGUCCAGGAUGCUGAUAUCAUGAAUUCUUCAGAAAAAAUUUGCAAAACAAGAUUUGUGUUGCAACCCCUUUGGACCACCAGGAUUCAGAGAUAUAUAAGAUGUCAUUCUAUUCUACUCUAAAGAAGUUAUUUUCGACCUUGCUGUGAGGUUUUUUUCUUCUCAAUGCAGUCUGGCCGCACACGUGCAACAGAAAGAUGAACAGAAAUGCAGUAGAUCUCGUCACCCAGACGAGACGUGGUGCCUCAUCGUGGAAACAUAAAGAGUCAUUGCAGUGCAGCCCAGGUGCUCGUACGGCUCGCGGUCGGGAGGGCAGGUGAGGAAAGGUUCAGGUGUGGAGGAGCUGGAGGGUCGAAGAAGAGCUAGCAGAGGGUAAAUCACUCUUCAAGAAGUUGCACUUAUGAACUUAGACACGAGCGCAAGAAAAGUGUGUGUGAGUCAGAACUCAUUCCUGGUUAAUCACUUCAUGACUGCAGGAGUCUUUGUUGUCGGUGUGUAAAUGUGUGUGUGAGUGUGUAAAUGUGUGUGUGUGCAGGUGAACGGAUGCGAGAGCGACUGAGUCUUUGUUUCAUGUGUGUGUGUGUGUGUGUGUGUGAGAGAGUGUGUGUGAACCGAUUGUUGUCUGGCAAAGCAACAAAAGCAUUUAAUAGUGUUGGAAACAACAAUUUACAAUCAUGUUUACCUUCGACUGGAAUGACUUUAAAUGAACUUGAAAAUAAACUGUAAACUGAACAAACCAUAACAGAGGUUAUAACAAUGAUCAUGAUAACAAAAAUAAUAAGCUUACAAAUGUUACUUUUA